AUGUCGACGUGGAGGUGUGGCCCGUCCGCCGUAGUCGAGGUGCCCGACGACAGGGAACAGGAGGAAAUCCCAUUUAAAAAUCGAAGGAGCGGAUGCCGCUACAGCCUCUUCCAGAAACCCACCGUCAACCAAAUUGGAGACAACAGGGUGUCAACCUCCUGGCAUUCCGCCGUCAAGAUUUCUACCUGUGGUCGGUACGCCGCAGCAGCUCCCAUCGAGAUUCGAAGCGAGCACUCCACGGCUUUCGGCAGAUCGAUUGCAAUUACGCGCUCGCAACUGCAGUCGUUCCCUACAAGAUCGACACUCUAA